UGACGAUCACCAUCAGCUAUAAUAGCCAGCGUACGUACAUUCUUUAGACAGAAGAUGUCGAGAACUGUUGAGGAGAUCCGCAGGGCUCAACGAGCGGAAGGGCCGGCCACCGUCUUGGCCAUCGGGACUGCCAAUCCUCCAAAUUGCGUCGAGCAAUCCACUUUUCCUGACUACUAUUUUCGCAUCACUAACAGCGAACACAAUCCUCAGCUCAAACAAAAAUUUGAGCGCAUAUGUAAGAAAUCCAUGAUCGAGAGACGUUACAUGUACUUGACAGAAGAAAUAUUGAAAGAGAAUUCAGAGAUCUGCAGCUUUAUGGGGCCGUCGCUCAACGCCAGGCAAGACAUCGUCGUGACUGAGGUGCCCAAACUCGGCAUGGAAGCUGCACAAAAGGCAAUCACUGAAUGGGGGCAGCCAAAAUCCAAGAUCACCCACCUCGUAUUCUGCACCACCAGUGGUGUUGAUAUGCCCGGCGCUGACUACCAACUGACCAAGCUCCUCGGCCUCUCCUCAUCUGUCAAGCGCUACAUGAUGUACGAGCAAGGUUGCUUUGCAGGUGGCACUGUUCUUCGCGUGGCCAAAGAUUUGGCGGAGAACAACGCAGGUGCCAGGGUUCUAGUCGUUUGCGCUGAAAUUACGGCCAUAACUUUCCGUGGCCCGAGUGGAAGUCACUUGGAUAAUCUCGUGGGGCAUGCGUUGUUCGGAGAUGGUGCCGGCGCGGUUAUUUUGGGUUCUGACCCGAAGGUGGGGGUAGAGCGGCCAGUUUUCCAGCUUCUCUCAGCGUCACAGACUAUUCUGUCCGACAGCACUGGUGCUCUUGUUGGGCAUUUACGCGAAGCUGGACUGUUUGUCAACCUUUCGCCAGAUAUUCCAUACCAUAUAUCCGAAAAUAUUGAAAAUAGUCUGAUUGAAGCGUUUGAGCCUCUGGGUAUUUCUGAUUGGAACUCUAUUUUCUGGGUUGCACAUCCCGGUGGACGUGCGAUUUUGGACCAGAUAGAGAUAAAGUUAGCCCUAAAGCCUGAAAAACUCCGGUCGAGUCGGCAUGUGUUGAGUGAGUAUGGGAACAUGUCGAGUGCAUGCGUGCUCUUUGUACUUGAUGAGAUGAGGAAGACUUCAAUCAAGCAGGGGCUAAGCUCCACCGGGGAAGGGUUGGAGUGGGGCGUGCUGUUCGGAUUUGGGCCAGGCAUCACCGUCGAGACCGUAGUGCUGCAUAGCAUGCCAAUCAAUUAAGGGUUUCUCAAACCAAAGUGGCAUGAAUUGCU